GUGUGCUGUGAUGGUCUUUUCCCUAUAUCUGCAACACUGAGAAUAAUCUCCAGACCUUCUCCAAUACGGUAAUUCUUAUCAUCACAAAAAAAUUCUCAAAAGGCAAUUAUCAUCCACCAGCGAACAAUCACAAUCCAGAGAAUUUCCACCGAUCUCCAUAUCUCUCCUCCAACCCUUUGCAAACCACAAACAAACAGUACUCAAGGCAAAAAUAACAACGAAACGUCUACGAAAUUAAUUGGGCAUUAACGUACCACAUAAUUAGUACCAGUGACUGACGGAUGGCUGAAUAAUUGAAGAUAGCUGAUAAAAAUUGUUGUGAAUGGAGACAGUGUUGGGUGAUAACAGUGUGUAUACGAGUGUCACGAUUGAUCUCGUCUGUUUUCUCUAGAGCAUUGUCCCUCGGAAUAACGUGUGAAAAUUGCCCUGACAGUCGUUCGGGUUGAUCAUUAAUUACAGCGAUUGAAGCUGUGCAAUAACGAGGGGAAUCAGAAAAUCUGAAAUUAGAUGUAAAAGUGCUCAAUAUCUUUUUGAAUUUUCACCGGUGGUUAUGGUGAAUCCGGUCUUCCAGACAACUCAACCACUUGAAGAUACAGUGAAUUCAUUAUCAUUGAUAAAUUAAUAAUCGUAGAUUGGGAGAAGAGAGGCAUUGAUAACAGACAGCGUGGGAUGAUUGUGAAACUGAUGAAGAGAAGUGUGUGAGGAGGCGUUGUAAAGGCCAAAGUCGCAUCAUCUUCAUUCAGAAGUUGUGGCAAGUGGGUGGGAAUAUCACCCCCAAGAACUAGAAAUCCUUACGUCGUGCCAUUCUCCUAUAUAAGGAGAUUUACCAGGGGAGAAAUAGUGAAUCCUGAUUUGAUCGUCGUGGUGGCAAGUCAAUUGAAAGUCAACCGGCGAGGAGUGGUGUCACUUGAACGAGGGGGUGAAUUUGUUGGUUUAAAAUUAUUUAACUGGGGACCCCGUUAACGGGGGUUAAAUCAUUCACCACGGCAGAUGUCAGGAUGCCCGAACAGAGCAACGACUAUAGAGUCGUGGUUUUUGGGGCUGGGGGUGUCGGCAAGAGCUCCUUGGUACUGAGAUUUGUUAAAGGGACUUUUCGCGAGUCCUAUAUACCCACUAUUGAAGAUACUUAUCGUCAGGUGAUUAGCUGCAAUAAAAAUAUAUGCACGCUUCAAAUAACGGAUACAACGGGGUCCCAUCAGUUCCCUGCAAUGCAACGUCUUUCGAUAAGCAAAGGUCACGCUUUCAUCCUGGUAUAUUCAGUUUGCUCACGACAGAGUCUAGAGGAGCUCAGACCAAUAUGGGCAGUGAUACGUGAAUUAAAAGGCCAGGAUAUCUCACAAAUACCGAUAAUGCUGGUCGGCAACAAGUGCGAUGAGAGUACGUUGCGAGAAGUAGCAAUGGAAGAGGGAAAAGCUGAGGCUGACAGCUGGGGCUGUGGCUUUCUCGAGACAUCAGCAAAAACAAAUCACAAUGUUAAUGAACUAUUUCGAGAUUUGUUGACACUCGAGAAAAAUCGUGCGGUAUCAUUGCAACCGGUUUCAAGCAACAGUGCGAUAAGCCUUAAGGAGAAAUGUGCCGUUAUGUAAAUUAUGAUAAUUCAAUUAGACGGUAAAUUAUUUAAUUUAGAUAAAACAUUAUUUAUUUAAGCAUUAAAGAAUCAAUGAAUUAAUCAAUCGACUUUUCACCGCCAAUCGAUCGUUCACGUCAAUGUCUUCGCCGACAACAUCAACUCGACUCUAAGCGAUAAUAAUAAAUUAUGAACAGAAUAACAAUAAUAAUGAUAAUAAGGUGAGUAAAGGUAAUAUUGUAAUAUUAUUGAGUAACAAUAGGGAUAAACGACGAAUUAUCAUUAUUUUCAUGACGUCUCAGUGGUACAAUCGGCACAUGAAAAUCGAUCCUCAUUGUCGGUACUCCAUAAUCAUCGGUGUAAUUAGAAAAUUUAUCUCCUGCACUGAGAGAAUAAAUUACUUAUCAUCGUUUCAGGGUUUCAAGAUUCAUGUGAGAGAUUAAAAUGGUUUUUUAUUUAUUUAAAUAAUUUAAAUGAAAUGAAUUAAUUUCCACACAUAAUGAAAAUUCAUUAGCCAUGAGUAAUAUUUGUUAAUUGGAUUAUAAUUAAUACGAGAAUUUUUUUUUCUCUCAGUGGCAGAAGAGCCCAUCGCGACACGAGAAUAGUUUAAGUCCAUGAUUAUGAAAAUAGUUAUUAAAUAUUUACUGCAAAUUUGUGUGCCUAUAUCUGUGUGAACAAUUGAGUGGCUAGUAAUCAUACAAUUGGCGGGGACGAGCGUUACAAUUUUUUACGCCAAGUAAUUAGAAUUGUUUUGCAUAAAUGAUGAAUAAAUAAAUGCGAAAAAUACAGGUAAAAAUAUUAGGGAGGAAUUGGUGGGGGCGGUUUGUUGUCGGCAAAAGGUCGGUUGAAUUAUUUGAAUGAGAAUUAAAAAAAUAGCAACAUUUAUAGAUAAUUAUUAUGCAUGUUAGGUCACUUGACACAUCUUUCAUCUGAAGUUGAUCCAUUUAGUAUUGUUCGGUGAAUUUGUCAACGAUAUUUGUCCUGGAAAAUUUAUUCUCGAGUGUCUCUCACCGCGUGGUGGGAGGCCAUUUUUUUUUGGUUGUUUAUACAAAAGUUAAUUGAGGAAUUCGAAGUAUUAUAUUGGAAAUAAAUCUAAAAAUUGAUCUGUCAUUGUCUAUUCUGUGGUGACAACGAAUUCAUUUUAUUGGAUUUUAUGUCAUUCCAAUAUUUGAUUGCGAUUUUUUUUAUUGAGGGUAAUGUAAGUAUUUUUUAUUAUUCAUUCCAUCGUUCGAUCGUUCGAUGUAUCGAAAAUCUGUUGAGCGACACCAUGAGUUUAACAGUCGAUUAUUUACAAUAAUUGUUCCUUCUAUUUAGUUAAGAUGAUUAUAAUAAUUUUAUAAUUACGUGUGACGCACAAAUGGAGAGAUUUCCUCAUGUUUUAAUAUUUGGAGUGCAAUGAGAGUUGUCACAGAAUAGAAUUGUUGGAUGAUUCGGCUGAAAACACGAGUGAAAUUCAAUUGAUUGUAAAAAUAAUGAAAAUUCUUAAUGAAAAUUGGAUUAACGACGCAACAAAACAAACGUACGACGAGUACUCGCAAUGAUGUGCAUAUUACAUGUAAGAAUUGUUACGAAAAAAUUGGUUUUUGUUGAAUAGUUGUAAGAUUUUUCUAAUAAAUGGUACUAGAAGGGAUCAUCGUCAUUCUAGGCGGGAGAAAAAAUUAUAAGACCAUCCGAAUGAAAUUUAAUCACAACAAAAUGACAUUGGAUUAUCAAUUAGAAUAUAUUGAGAUUUUAAAGCAGUUGAAAUUGCGGUGGCCGUGAUCGAAAAUUUAUGCGUUCGCGAAUCUGAAGUUUAUUAUAAUUUUUGAAUUUUUGAGACAUUAUAUCAAUCAUCGUCAUUUGUCAGACUCUUUCUCGCUUCAUGUAUCGGAAAAUGUGUCAGUGGUGGAGCUAAAUAUUUUAUUUAACUUCAGAAAAUAUUUAUUGCAAAAUUAUUUGUGUUAACCGAUAUUCAUUUGGGAAUUAAAUAAAUUAUUGUCUAGACAUAGCGAAAAAUUGAAUGACUCUGAAAUCUGAGUAGGGCAUUCCACCACUGGAUUAUAUGAUAUGACCGAUUAAAAUGAUCUUUAAUGGAUAAUUAUUCUGAGCUAGAUGACGAGAGUUUUCCCCUCAGAAUCCGCGCGUGGCUGAUAGCAAUAUUUUUUAUAUAGUCCUAUGUAAAUUCAACGUAAUAAAACGUAUGUACCACGGCUUUAUUUAAAUAGCUGUAGAAAAUAUUCAAAUAAAAAAUCAGUAUCUCAUUGACAUAUCGUCAAUGACAAUUGUGGAAAUGAACGGAUUUUCUCGCAACUCAAACAAUCAAAGUAAAUAUCGAUUCCAUAUCAAGAAUUACAGAAUUACGAUAAUAAAUAAUUGGAGAACAUGGCAAAGUGAAAUCGGCAGGAACAAAAUGGCUACAAAUAUAUGCAAUCAUAACUAUCAA